GGAGAUCUCUGGGCCCCUCACCAGGAGGAGAGCGGAUUCCCUUAAGGCAGAGGGCUUGAGCUGGCUUGAAAGGGUAGUAUCCAUGGUCUCCGGCCGGUCAGGUUAGGGGAAAGCAGGCAGCCAUUUCUCUCUGACCCUGACUUCUUUCGCGCGGAGAUGUGGCUGGCAGAGGGGACGCAAAGGAGGUGACUAGGAGAGUCCCCAUCAAGCCGGCCCCUCUAAGCUCUGCCUGACCCUGUGGUCCUUAGCCUAGCCCGCUUGUGGGCCUCAUCCGCCCAACUCUCCUUUAAUUCCAUUUCUUCAUUCGCGUGCCCUUCACUGCUACUCUCUGCGGGUCCAUUGGGCAUCAUGAAGCAGCUGCCCAUCUUGGAGCCUGGAGACAAGCCCAGGAAAGCUACAUGGUACACUUUGGCUUGCCCUGGAGACAGGCCCUGCCCUCGAGUUGGCCACAGCUGCUCAUAUUUCCCCCCAGUUGGCGAGGCCGAGAGCGGGAAGGUCUUCAUUGUCGGAGGAGCGAAUCCAAACCAAAGCUUCUCAGAUGUACACACCAUGGAUUUGGGGACACACCAGUGGGACAUGGCCACCAGGGAGGGCCUCUUGCCUCGGUAUGAGCAUGCCAGCUUCCGUCCCGCCUGCUCUCCUCACAGCAUCUGGGUGUUUGGAGGUGCUGACCAGUCAGGAAAUCGAAAUUGUCUACAAGUCAUGAGUCCUGAAGCCAGGACGUGGAGCACACCAGAAGUGACCGGCUGCCCUCCAUCCCCAAGAACAUUCCACACAUCAUCCGCAGCUAUUGGAAACCAACUAUACGUCUUCGGGGGAGGAGAGAGAGGUGCCCAGCCCGUGCAGGAUGUGAAGCUGCAUGUAUUUGACGCAAAUACUCUGACGUGGUCUCAGCCAGAGACACAUGGAAGUCCUCCAUCUCCCCGGCAUGGUCAUGUGAUGGUGGCAGCAGGCACAAAACUCUUCAUCCAUGGAGGAUUGGCAGGGGACAAGUUCUUUGAUGAUCUCCAUUGCAUUGAUGUAGGUGACAUGAGCUGGCAGAAGCUUGGUCCCACCGGGGCUGCUCCAGUUGGCUGUGCUGCCCACGCUGCUGUCGCUGUGGGACACCAUGUGUAUAUGUUUGGAGGAAUGACAGCCACUGGAGCACUGAACAUGAUGUACAAGUAUCACACAGAAAAGCAGCACUGGACCAUACUUCAGUUUGACACUUCCCUCCCCCCUGGACGACUGGACCACUCCAUGUGUGUCAUCCCAUGGCCAGUGACGGCUACCUCUGAGAGCGAGGACUCAGAUUCUGUCAUUCUAACCCUCCAAGCUGAGAAAGGGGAUGCUGCUGAGAAAGCAGAGACCCCGAGUGGAGGGUCCCACGAGGAGAGUCCGACUACCGUGUUGCUCUGUUUUGUGUUCGGUGGGAUGAAUACAGAAGGGGAGAUCUAUGACGACUGUCUCGUGACUGUAGUGGACUAAUAAAACCCAUAGUUUCA